GAAAUUCCUUUAAAGGUCGAUUCCUUGACUGCCUCCACCUUCUGGGUCAGGGGUCCACGGUAAAAAGCAAAGCUGAUAUGGGGAGGAGUCAAGCUCUGCUACUCAGGCGCGCGUUCGAACAUCAGAAAAUAUUUACAUGUACGUGUCAUGUCCACAACUAUGACUACGUGCAGCUCGCCGUUUAAGGAAUAACGCUUUUUGAACUCGUUUAAGAAGAUUAUACACUUUUCAAAUCACCAUUUUACAAAUUCCAUAGAAUUUGUGUAUAAUAGCCUACUGUGUCGUCGAGAGGUUCCUUCUUAUUUGCCCCAGGGAUUCAUUACAACCGGAUUCUUUGGUGUUGAGCAGUAUCGAGCUGGCAAGAUGGAACUUUGUGUUGCUGCAGUGCUUUUGUCCUACUUCGCUCCAACUUUGGGAUCAGCUUUCGGCAGGGAAAUGCCAGCUUCCCAAAUGGAUGAAAUUCACGAAUACGACAAGCCAUUUCAUUAUGAUUAUGAAUCUCUGAGGAUCGGUGGUAUGAUCUUUGCUGUGAUCCUCUUCUUGAUGGGGAUCUUCCUCAUUGUCAGUCGGAAAUGCCGCUGCAAAGGGAACAAGUCAAAGCCAGUGGGUCUUGACGCAGAGGCAGCCAGAGGUGCAAAAUAAAGUGAGCUGAGGGAACAGAGAAAAAGAAAUCAUGGCUUCUUAAGGAGAAAUCUUAAUCAAAACUUUGACCAUUUGGAAAAAGCACUUGAGGAUUUAAUUCUUAUAGUGUUCACAAUUUGUAACUUUUUAUGUCUUUGUCUCUUGGAUACAUGAACAUAUGAGUGCUCCUUUUUAAAAUUUGAAGUUUUACAAACAUUGUUUAAAACCAUUGAUUCUCAGCUAGAACUGCCAUAAUGUUUAGCAAACUUAGCAGCUGAUACCUUUGAGAUUUUCCUCUGCUUUUUGUCAUGUACUUUUCAGCUCUAUGUGGAGUUUAUGUAGUGUUGUAAGUGCUCAGUAGCUAAAAGUAGUAGGUGUUUUAUAUAUUUUGUAAAUUGUCCAUACAGCUUUGUCACAUUGCAGAAGUAACAAAUAAAGCUGUACACUGUAGUUGAAAAAUAAAGUGAUUUCCAUGUAA